AACAGCUGGGCUGUCCGUGACUCGGUCUAGAUGAACGCAGACGAGUCGAGCAGAGCAGCAGUCAUAAACUCCAGCGUUUUUGCUCACUUAGGAGUUUUAAUCGAAGAUGAAUGUAUUAACAGUUAAUACUUUAGACACGUUUCCGUGUUGUUAACGUUAGGUGAAAAUUCAGCGAGAGGAACUGUUUUAUUAAGUGAGGUAGCGUGAUAGUAUUCGUUUCAGUGCAUCAGGUCACCUGUUGGACUGGGCUUGCAGGUAAAAACGGGUAUCGGUACACAAAUAAAACGAACUGACGUUUAUAACAGCCGUGAUGAUUCCCGAAUGUCCACGAACGACCGAGCCCAGAAGCCGCAUUCGGUGUGAAUCCGGUCAGAAGCGCUCCGGUUUGCUGCGUGAGAUCCGGACCGUCAUCAGGAGCGAGCCGUUCACCGAGCGCUAUGACGUCAUCCCCGGCAAAGAGCUGGGCAGAGGUAAGUUUGCAGUGGUGAGGAAGUGUGUGGAGAAGAGCACAGGGAAAACAUAUGCAGCGAAGUACAUGAGGAAGAGGAGGAAGGGCCAGGAUUGCAGAACGGAGAUCCUUCACGAGAUCGCUGUGCUGGAGCUGGCAGCGGCCUGUCCACGAUUCGUCAAUCUCCACCAGGUCUACGAGACGGCCAGCGAGAUGGUGCUCCUUCUGGAAUAUGCUGCUGGAGGGGAGAUUUUUAACCAGUGUGUGGCAGACCGAGACGAGGCCUUCAAAGAGGAAGACGUGAAGAGGCUGAUGAAGCAGAUCCUGGAGGGAGUUUCCUUCCUUCACAGGAACAACGUGGUGCAUCUGGACCUCAAACCUCAGAAUAUCCUGCUGACCAGCGAGUCUCCUCUCGGGGAUAUAAAGGUGGUGGAUUUCGGCCUGUCGAGGCUGGUGAGCAGCAGUCAGGAGAUCAGGGAGAUCAUGGGCACACCGGAGUACGUGGCACCAGAAAUCCUGAAUUAUGAGCCAAUCAGCACAGCGACUGACAUGUGGAGCAUUGGUGUCCUGGCAUACGUGAUGCUGACGGGGAUCUCGCCGUUCCUGGGGGACGAUAAGCAGGAGACCUUCCUCAACAUCUCUCAAAUCAACAUCAGCUACACUGAGGAGGAGCUGCAGCAUCUGGACAGAGCUGCCAUCCACUUCAUCAAGAGCCUGCUCAUCAAAGAGCCAGAGAGCCGAGCCACCGCAGAAGACUGUCUGAAGCACCAGUGGCUCCAGCCGGAGGAGGCCUGUCUGGAGAGCGUCUCGGAGCCCGUCGGUCCUGCCGAUGAAGACGACGAGGAGGAGGAGGAGGAGGAGGAGGAGCUGAUCGUGAUGGCUGCUUACACCAUGGGCCAGUGCCGCCAGUCCUCCGAUGAACCGAGUCUGACCCCGGAUCAGAAGGCCAUCUCCAAACGCUUCAAGUUCGAGGAGCCCUUCUCUGCGCGGCCUGGAGAGUUCAUCUACUGAUGCACACUUCUGUCCUUCUGUCUCUGCGCUUCUCUCUCCUCAUGAUUUCAGUUGUAAGCCAAACCGUUUCUGUUUCACUGGUUGCUCUUGUUUCGGUUUGUGCUGCUUUAUAUUUUCACGGUUAAGAUACUGAAGCCUUGCUGUGGUUCUCUCCUUCUUUGGUGCCAUGCUUACAUACUCAAUAAGGGUCAGGCUUGUAGUCGUUCCUUUUCGCCGUGUUUGUGCAAAAUGAAUGUUGUGUGUUUUUCUGCGACACGAGGGCAAGCAGAAUUAAAUGUAAAUUAACCCAGUUUUAUUUUAAGAGUAUUUCCGUGUCAUGUUUAAAAAAAAGCCAUUUUGUAUGUUGAGCUCCUGGCUGACGUUAAGGUCUUUCCCGGAUAAAUAUUUCACAGCAAUAACACUUCCAUUCACACGCAUAUAUAUAUAUAUAUAUAUGAAGAGCGUGUGUCUUUCUGUGUGUUUAUUUUAACUCAUGUUAGAGUUAUAACUGUAAAUUGAUUUGUCACUGUAAAGAAUAUUUUUAAGUGACUGUCUUGAUGCUGUAAAUAAAAGUUUGU